CUCAUAAGAGAAGCAAGUAAAUAAGUCUCACAAAACGAUCUGGCGAACAGAGGGCGGCCUAGACAGCGGAACGCGCCGCGACGCGAUCCUAUAAUACUUAGAAACUGAUCGGUCAGACGACCGACCGCCAAUAUGAACGCCAAUCAAGCACAAAACGUCAAUAUACAGCCAGGCGGGGCCCCUGUUCCCGCGCCACCCAUCCGAGCUCGUGGGCCCGCGACUCCACCUGAUUUGUACAUCUUCGACCCUGCACACCAUCUGGUCGGGGCAUGGUUAGCUACCUUACGUGCACAACAAUAUGACAACAACGAAGCUCGGAUCAACAUCCCCGCCAGAUUGGGAGGGGAUGCACAUCACUGGUUUAGCACUUACGCCUGGAUAGAUCUCCCGACCUUUGAAAGAGACUUCCUGAACAAGUUCGACUAUAUCCACCCUGAACAAGCUUUCUUUAUGAUGAAGGACCGAGUUCAGAAACCUCUUGAAUCUGUUACAGAAUAUCGCAGUAGGUUCUAUAGAAUAUUUGUCAAAUCUGAGAGGGACGAGAAGGUUGGGAGAGAUCUAUUCAUCGAUGGGCUUCGCAGUCGAGUGUUGAGGGCAAAAGUACGGAAGCAAUUUUCCCCCGUCAACCAUACGAUGCAACAAAUUAUGGAUGGGGCAGAAGAAAUGGAGUGGAAAUUCGCCGCUAGCUUUCUAGAAAGUGAGGAUCACUCAAAAGAUGGAGACUCCUUGGAACUACUAGCCAGGUCUGUCGUGGAAGCGUCUCUGUCUUUCACGAUCAGGCAAUUGGACGUGCUGAUUCUGGACGCGGUCAAGUGGACGCAGUGGUGGCAAACAUACGUGGCACUCAGUUUUUGCCUCCUCGACGCCGUCUUCCACUGGGCGGAGCCCUCUGGCACCUGCGAGGAGAACGAGAUCCCCGAUGAUGAGAUAGAGUUGUUGCUCGUCCAGACUUGGAGAACAAACACGGAGGGGGAUUUUCUAGGGAUCCUGUUUGGGGAAGUGCGCGACGGACACCUGACGUCCAUCACGGCCGAACUGCUGGUGUUUUUGAGCCAAGUACUCGACGAUCUGCCAUUAGAGAUUCUCUCGCGCUGUGACCAGAAGCCCAGGACAGCCACACUCGUUCGCACGUUGGAGCCACAUCUUCUGUGGUCCGCAUGUACGGAGUUGGAGGAGGGAAGCUACUACGUGCCCUCGGCGGGUGCGUAUCUAAACAUUGACGUCACCGAUCUUUCCACGUGGGACCCGCUCAUCCGGCGCGCUCCCGCAGGAGAGACGAGUGAAGAAGAAGAGGAGGACGACGAAGAAGAAGCAUCGGGAGAGGAAGAAGAUCGGGAAUAUGAUCCUGAUUAUCAAGGAACGGAGGACGAAGAGCUGGGAGAGGCCGAUUCGGAGGAGGAGGCAAACGAAGAAGAAAACGCGCCGAGGGAUUCUGUGAACCGGUCGAGCUAACCAGGGAAGAACAGGAAGCCGCGACCCAGCGACGGCGAGAGGCCGCGGAAGGCAAGCGACAGAUC